ACCUGCAGAAGAAGACGAGGUCGAUGCAGCCGCAUCUGCAGGCAGCAGAACCCACCAGGUCAGUCCAGUCCGGUCCGGUUCAGCCUGGUCCGGCCCAGAAUGACAGCACUGGCCAGACCCCUGAGGAUCUUGCUGUCCGCCCAACGAUGCGUCCUGACCCGCUGCUGCUCCGGCUUCGUGUCCAGGAUGAGGUACGUGAACCGGCUGAAGCAGGAUGACGAGGCGUGUCUCUCAGCGCUGCGGGACGGCCACGUCUUCCUCUUCCACCGUCUGAGUCCUCUGCUGCGGCGCUGCCACGCCGGAACCUUUGGACCAGUUUUCCUCCCCUACUCAGAUGUGCAGUCCAUCCUGGAGAGAUUGGGUUCCGGCGGAUCCCUGGUGAAGGAGUCGGUUCUGAUUGGUUGUUCUGAACAGAACCAGGCUCAGUUCUGUCUGGAUGUUGGGGAGGUGGAUCCGGCUGCGGUAGCAGACGCGUGUGGGGGAACCUUCAUGGACCUGAGAAGAGCCUUCUUUCUCCUGACGGAAGCCGAGUCCCCUCUGGUAGCAAAGGCUCAGGCUCUGCUCCGCUGGCAUCAGAUCAGCAGGUUCUGCAGCGCCACCGGUCAGCCCACCCAAAAGAACCAGGCUGGCAGUCAGAGGUUCUGCAGCGGCAGCUCCAUCGUCCACUACCCACAGAUGUCUCCGGUGGUCAUUGUCCUGGUGUCUGAUGGGAAACGAUGUUUGUUGGGCCGUCAGUCGUCCUUCCCACGGGGGCUGUACAGCGCUCUGGCCGGCUUCUGUGACAUGGGGGAGACUCUGGAGGAGACCCUGCGUAGGGAGGUGGCGGAGGAGGUGGGUCUGGAGGUGCAGAGCAUCUCCUACAGCUCCUCCCAGCACUGGCCCUUCCCUCACAGCUCCUUCAUGGUGGGCUGCCACGCCACUGUCAGCCCCGCCCACACUCAGCUGGACGUGGACCACUCCGAGCUGGAGGACGCCCGGUGGUUCACCCUGGAGGAAGUCUCCUGCGCCCUGCGGGUGAAGACCCCGCCCAGGGAAGGCGACCCCUCCGUCCUCUGGGUGCCGCCCAAACACGCCGUCGCCAAUCAUCUCAUCAGGGAGUGGACAGACGGCCAGCGCCGGGGCGACAACACAGGGUGACGACCUCUUGACCUCCAGAUCCUUCCUACUUCUUCUUCUGUGGUGUUUUCAGCCUCUGCUGCCACCAAACUAAACGAGUGAAACAAAUGAGGCAGAAAACCAAAUCUUUGGACAGAUUCAAAGGAAACAAAGUGAUGAACAAAUGAUGAAUCCAGAAAACAGACCGCGAGGGAAGGGCCAACUGGCAUCUCAACAUCCAAUCAAAAUUCAGAGGCCAGUAUUUAAUAAGGACCGAACUUUAUGAACUUGUUCAUGAUGGGAUGUGGAAAAAUGUACUAAAUGUGUAACCAUGUGGGCCUUCGGGAGCUUCAUGUAUUUUAUCAUAUCUUGUCUUUAUAACAUUUCGAUUCUGUUUCUUACAGUCGUAUGAGAAGGACAUUAAAAUAAUGUCCUUAUUUAAAGAGUUGUGAUAAUUCAAACCACCAACAGUUAAAAGCUGCUGGACGGAUCUGAUCUACUCUUCUUCAUCCUGACUUUCUUUCAAUUUCAGCCAAAUGUGGGAAACUUUCUCGUGGCCACGUUGCUGCUUAAUUUAUUACUUUUAUCAUCUUUAUUGUUUUAAAUAUCCAGUAGCAGAAGCAGAACCGUUUCUUUCCAGAAGCAGACGGACGGAGCCCCGACGCUACGAGACCAGCCUCAUGUAGGAUGUGUGGGAGGAAAUAAACGGGCUUCUUCGUGUGUCGCCACCUAAAUACCAGCAUUUACCUGCAUGACUGUGAAAAUGAAUAAAUAAUACUUCAGACGUGCGUAGAUAUGUCUUUACGCCACAUCUCGAAGGUCUUACUGACUGGUUAACUGGUGGUUCUGGAUCGCCUGUGAGUGGACUGGGCACCUGUCCAGGUGAACAAAAAUGUUUUCUCGGACAUUUGCGAGUGUAUAAAGCGAUUAGCUUUCACUUCAGAUGGAUCUAUCCUGUUUUCCUUGUAAAGCGCAACAUUAAUAAAUGGACACGUCAGUUUGAAGGGUGUGAACUCUAAAAUACUCCACAACUGUGGUAUUAUUUAGUGUAUUUAAUUUAAAAAAAAUACUUUAAGGAAACAAAAUAUUGAAAAACUAAUUUUUGGCCACAAAAUAAGAUUUUGAGGUCAUGUGGUACUAUUGGGAGUGGUAGCCUAGAGGUUACAGAGGAGGCCUGGGGUAAUCCAGGUUCAAGCCCCUGGAUUGCAACCGAGGUCAACCACUUUGGGCCCCCGAGCAAGGCCCUUAACCCUUAGAGAGAGCCCUGCAGAGGGUGAUCAACAGAUUGAAGAUCUUACUGGGCACACAUAGCAGGGUGAUCCCUCCAGCAAGCUGUUUAGCUACCAUUCCACUGCCCACUUGACAUUUACCUGCUGUUUACAUCUUAUUUUUGCUUUGUAUGUAUUCUCUAACAUGGUAUGUAGCCUACUAAGAGGAAAACUCGAGAACAACUGUUAGGAGCUGAUUUGUCUGAUAAAUGCAUUUA